GACAAGUAAACAGCUGACUUCCCUGACGGUAUAGUUGUUGCAAAGUACGACUGCGUGCCAACCUUAGUUGUUUCGUUCAUCUUUAAUCGGUAGACCACGCAUGACGAAACAUGGACAACGAAGGCAACAGUACCAUAUUAUAUGAUGGUAAUAUAAUGUACCCAAGUGAAUUAACUCUUCGCACAGAAUUCAAUACGGAUGGUAAUAAUAUGAACGUCUGUGCAAUAUGGCCAAUAGAAAAAUGUAUAGAGAUCCUCAUACUAAAUGACACAAAGACUGAUGAUAUCCUUGGCCGAUCGUUCAUUUACAAUGAUACUCAACUUACAUGCUUAGAACAUGCUCCAGUACUCACCAAAACCACUGUAAUCAGAGCGAGCGUUCUUUCUGCUAUGGCUUUUUUAUCCUUCAUUGGCAAUGUGGCAACAAUUAUAAGCAUUCGGAGGAGUAAAAGAUGCAGAGGAAGAGCACGACCUUCUUGGACCGCCAUUUACAGUUUAAUAUUCCAGCUCAGUAUAGCUGACUUGCUAGUAACGAUCUUCUGUAUAGCAGGAGAAGCCGCUUGGUCGUUUGCUGUCCAGUGGUAUGCUGGUAAUAUUGGAUGCAAAUUAUUCAAAUUCCUACAGAUGCUAGCUCUUUAUUUGAGCACUUUUGUCUUAGUACUAAUAGGAGUGGAUCGGUGGCUUGCCGUUAAAUAUCCAAUGAAAAGUAUGGCUACAGCGACAAGAAGCGGAAGGCUGGUUAUAAUUGCGUGGGUCCUGAGCGUCAUACUCAGCAUUCCUCAGGCCGUAGUAUUCCGAGUAGCAAAAGGCCCGUUCUUUGAAGAGUUCCAUCAGUGUGUUACACAUGGAUUCUACACGGAGCGAUGGCAGGAACAAGCAUACACUACUCUGUCGCUAGUCUUUAUGUUCAUACUGCCAUUGAUUAUAUUGGUUUCUACUUAUGUGUCGACGGUUAGGACAAUUGCACAGAGUGAAAAAGUAUUCAAACCUGAAGUCAGAAGGCAAGAAAAAUAUUUCACUCCCGACAUGAAUAGACGGAGAUUAAUAGAUCGGGCUAAGAUGAAAUCUUUGAGGAUGUCCGUUGUUAUUGUGGCUGCGUUUCUGAUAUGGUGGACUCCGUACUACGUAAUGAUGAUAAUAUUUACGUUUCUGAAUCCAGACAAAAACCAAAGUGAAGAGCUACUGAACGGUAUAUUUUUCUUCGGAAUGUCAAACAGUCUAGUCAACCCCAUCAUAUACGGGGCUUUCCAUUUGUGGCCGAGAAAGAAACGUUCAUACCAGCAUAGUGACCGAGAAUCGGGAGGUCAUCAUGCAUCGAUCCUUCGUCGUGGUGAUAACAACACAUCAUCCGUUAGAUUGACGACAAUCAGAUCUCUCCGGUCUUCGGCAAAAUACUCGAAUGGACAGAACAUUAGUUUGUUAUAACAAGGGCGCAAGCCAGCAAUGGCUGGUGUGAUCCUCGAGGAAACCCUCACGAACAAUGAUAUCCCUUUAAGCCAAAUCAGUUGUGUGUAUUGUUUAGAAAAAAACAAAAUGAGGAACCGGCUUAAAUACAACGAUUUUUCUGUCUAAAUUACUUUUUUGAAUUGUGUGAAUUUCAGAUUUUUUUGUUCAGUAUUUCCUAGAAUAAAACUGCUUUGUUUCUGAAACUAUUUGAUAGACAUUAAAGUGAGUAAGUUACCUAAUGUUAAAUAUUAAUUUUUGUAUAAAAUUUAUUGUUAUAAAUAGAUGUCUAAAGUAAUCAAAUAAAAAUAAAUGUAAUUAGAACUUAAAUAAUUGACAAAAUGGCCUAUCUAUAUACCUGCUUGAUCUGCAUACCAUAUACAUUUUUGUUUCAAAGAAUGUAUAUUUCUCUGUAGCUGUUAAAGAAGAAGGCAUUUUUUUAAGAAAAAAAAAACAAGCAGGAACUUCAUAACUUUAGUUACUAUUAAAGUUCUAGUUUGUUAUCUAGGUUGUGUUUACAUUCGGAACGCGGGCUUAGUUCACUACUUUGUGCGUGUCUAGCUCCUUUUAUUAUCUUUCUUUAUAAGAGGAGCGAAUGAGAUAUAGUACGACAACUAAUAUACCUGAGAGGCAUUUUCCUGAAACCGAAUCGGUGUAAUGAUAAAAAUUACAUUGUGAAAUGGAAUUCCGUAAAUAGAACGCCUAAUUCCAGAACUAACUUAAAAGAAAAAGAAAAUGAAAAUAUUAUAUGUUAUGUACAUAUAUUUGACUUAAAUAUUGUAUUGCGUCUUGUUUUUUAAAAAAAACUAACUUAUUGAAAAUUAGUGAAUUGAUUUAUUGAGUAUCGAUAAACAAGUAAAAAAUAUACAAUCGAUAACAACUCGCGUGUCGUAAGUCAUUGAUGAAACUAUGCCUGAACUUCCUGAACUUCAAUAAACUAUGCAAGUUUUAACACACCCAGAUAAGUGACACAUAAAAACAUAGAUUACAAACUAAAAAAAUUAUCUAAAAACAAUAUUUUUUUGAAAUAAAAAAACAUAACAAAUAAUACCACCGAUUCACAUAUUAUCGUUAUUUAGUAAUGUAAAUAUUGUAAAAAAAUACCAUAGCCGAAUAAUUUAAAAUGGUAAUACUGUGGUGCAUGAAAUAAAUUUACGAAAUCUACCUCUUUACUUGUAAACAUAAUAGCUUGUUUAAUCUUGAAUGAUAAUAUUUGAAAAUAAGCUCAACUAGGUUGCUGGUGGAAUUAUGUAUGUGAAACAAACAAAUUAUAAAAAGAUAGCCGGCUAGAUGAAAACUAAUUCAACGACAAAAAAUUGGAAUCUCUUUAUUUCGUGAAAAUUUUAUUGAAUAUAUUAUAAAAAAAAUAUCGGUUCAUUGGGUGUUAGUUAAAUGAUUAGCUGAGCCUGUUGAUGACACAAUUCCGCUAAUAAAUAAAAUUGAUAUUUUUUUCAUUGCGGCAAGGUGAAAAUUGCGUGCGGCGAAGGUGCUAACUGCGGUGACCCCAUAGCCAAAGCCCGGACUUUGACCUCGGGGGGGAUUGGACGCUUGGGCGGGAGUGCAGCGGAGUCUUUUAGUGGGUAGGGCCUGUGUCCUCUCCCAACAUCUGCGGACCGUCCAGUCUCACAUAAACCGCGCGCCUCCUAAGUGCAGAGAUCGCGUAGGAGGUUGAGCCACUGACCCAUCUGACCCCUAAUAAACAAUCCGGUGGAAAUGGCAUGUCAAUUACAGUCAUAACAUUCAACGCUCACUUGUCUAGAAAACAUUUUAGGUUUGUACUACUUCAUAGCAUUGGAGACAUAUCUCGCGACAUUACUGCUGAGUCGAGAUACUUUUGAAAAGAUAAAAUGUAAAGUAUACAUGUGAAGGUUUACAACGUUUACUGUCAGUUGGAAUGUAGCUUAUCGUGAAAGAUGUUUGGUGUCUCAAACUGCCUGAGGCACUGCCUAAUUAUUAUAAAAUUAGCUAUUCGGAUUUAGCUUGCAUUGCAUUACGUGACGUCAUUACUUAAGUAAGUGAAAAAAAUACUUUUAAUAGAGAAGAAAGCGAAAUAGGAUUAAGCUUAGUAAGAUUUUGGAGUGGAAUAUGUAGAGAUUUGUUAAUGCAAAAAGAGAUUAAAAAGAUUACUCAAUAAUGUCAGAUUAGACGGAGUUUCCUUUUUAAGAUACAAACCUUCAAGAUCGAUUCUUAAAUUGAUCUGUGGAUUGACUCUAAAUAUUCAUACCUCGUUAAGAACGACAUGAAAUGCUAUACUUGAUUUUCAAGUUAUGUUAAUAAGUAAAUGAGUUCAACCUCAAUUGAAAGUUCAAUUAGACAGAUGUUCGGAUAGAUAUAUAUUAUUAUGUUCCUGGUUAAUACUUUAAAACGAAAUGGUAGGAAAUUAUAUAAUACUAGACCGAUCAAUUGAAGGACCGAAAAAGGAUUCGUUUUACUUACGGAUUUGCUCAGAAGACAUUUAAGGCUACCGCUAAGUCGCAGAAACAUUAAGGAAAAUCGUUUCACCAUGACAAACGUCCUCAACUUUGGAAUAUGCAAACACCUUUUAGAGCAUUCGUCUUGGUUCGAUCUUUCGGUAAAUAAUCGAUCUUCUCUUAAAACGGGCACCGGUUUGUCUAAAUAAACAAGUUCUUUACCUACCAUGACCGGGAUUAAGGAACGACAAUAUUAUUAUAUCCAAAUCAUGAGUGUAACAUUGAGUCGUAAUUAGGAGCCGUACCUGAUGGUAGGACCUCUUGUGAGUUCGCACGGGUAGGUACCACCACCCUGCCUAUUUCUGCCGUGAAGCAGUAAUGGGUUUCGGUUUGAAGGGUAGGGCAGUUGUUGUAAAUAUACUUGAGACCUCAGAACUUAUAUCUCAAGGUGGGUGGCGCAUUUACGUUGUAGAUGUCUAUGGGCUCCAGUAACCACUUCACACCAGGUGGGCUGUGAGCUCGUCCACCCAUCUAAGCAAUAAAAAAAAGAUGUAUGGUGACAUUCUGUCGUUAUAAUUGUCGGUCUUAUUAAUGUACUAACUUAAGCUGCUGAGAGAUUGUUUGCUCGUCAUUUCUUCCCAGCUAUCAAUAUAUAUGCGGGAGUUACUUUUUUUUGGAAACAUUAAUUUUUCAUCAAUAUUUAAGUGUGGAAAAACAAAAUUUGAAUUAUAAUAGCUACACAAUGAUGAUGAAGGCGCCAUUUUUUAUUAUUAACUAAAGCUCUGUUUUGAUUCGAAAUUUGAAUCAGAAAUGUAUUGUUUGUUAAUGUUGUAAACGCGUAUACCGUUUAUAUAUUAUAAAUAGCAAUAAUCGGUGCAUAUUACAGUAUUGAGUUGUGUAAAAAAAGUUGAAAUCGUAGUCUUCUAUUUAGAUAAAAUAAAGUGAAUUAAAUUAAAUUUAAUGGCAAUGUAGUAAAGCGAAAUGAAUCUGCCUGUGCGUAUUGUUUAAGUGUUUUAAAUGUUAUCAUAAUAGAAUCUAGUCGUUACAAUGUUUCUAUCGGCAGCUUAGAUUAAUUAUUUAAAAUUAUAUAAUAUAAAAAACUCAGCAUAGAUGUUUUCGCAUAUAUAGUGAUCUUAAAUUUUGUAACUUUAUAAAAUAGAAUAUUGUAAAUACGUUGUAAUAAUACAUGUGUAGGAAUUAUUAGAGAAAAUUAAACUUGGUUUGAAA